CAGCCCACUUCGCGUGGUUCGCUGCUGGCGGCGGCGGUCGGCUGGUCGCCGUGUAGUGGCUGCCCGAGCCAAGGAGCCACCCUUGCUUCUCCUCCACCUCCUAUAUCCACGGAACACCAGGAAUGCAGCCACCUCUUGCCACCUCUGUGGUUGCCACCAUGGCCAUAACCCAUCGUGUCUCCCCGGCUGAAGCCUCCCGGUUCGUCUGCCUGCCUUCAUCUGGCCCCUCCACAGCCCUCACAACUACCAAAGAGUCUUCCCCGUGUCUCAGUCCGUCGCGCUCGGCCAUCGCGCUCGCCGAGUCCAGGGCCCUGUCUGCAGGACGUGAGCGGCGAUGACGUUUGCUGAGGACAAGACCUACAAAUACAUCUGCCACCACCACAGCAGCUUCUGCCGUGUGGAUGUGCUGGAGAUCCUGCCUUUCCUGCCCUGCCUUACGGCAAAUGACCAGGAUCGGCUGCGGGCCUCCUACACGCGCCUGGGCAACCGAGACACCCUCUGGGACCUGUUCAACAGCCUGCAGCGGCGGACUGGCUGGGUGGAUUCCUUCAUCGAGGGCCUGAGGGCCUGCCAGCUGCCGGAGCUCGCUGACCAAGUGGCUGGCGAAUACCUGCGCCACCUGCCUCGGGCUGCAUCCCACCCCGGAGCCCCUCCCGGGGCGCCAUCACUUCCUGCUGCAAACAUCCCUGCACCUGCUGCAAACCCCAGCAUCCCCCACGCUGGCCACAGAGAGGAGCCAAGUUACCCCUUGCCUGUCCAGGACACCCAGCCGCCCAAGUCCCCGGGAGAGGGUUCAGAGCAAACGCCACCCACACCCAGCUCUGGGGCCCUCCUGAGGACACCCAGCGUCACCCAGGAGCCCUCCUCCUCUGACCCGGCAGCCCUUGGCCCUCCGAGCACCAGCAGGCCUCAGGAGCAGGACACAGACCUGGCCAGCACCCACACAGCAGGCUCCGGCUCCAGCCCCGCGCCACCCCGCGGACCUGUGUCUCCGUCCGUCUCCUUCCAGCCUCUGCCCCGUUCCACUCCCAAGACGAGCCGCUUGCCCGGACCCGCCGCGUCAGUUUCAUCCGCUGGCACCUCCUCACCCCCUGGCUUGGCUGCUGGACAGGGUGCUGGUGUCCAGGCAAAGGCCACCAUAUGCUCCAGCGACACAGUGCCCGCCAGCGCAGCGUCCUCCAGGGCGCCCAGCAACGCAAUGUCUGGGGACACAGUGGCCCCCGCAGAGCCUGCCAGCUCCACAUUCACCAGCACGGUGCCCUCCAAGUUGCCCACCAGUGCAAAGCCCCCCGGCGCGGCGUCCUCCAAUGUGCUUCCCAGUGUGGCGCCAUCCAAACUGCCCGUCAGCUCAGCAGGUGCUGGCACGGUGUCACCCAAAGUGCCUGCCGGCACGGCGCCCACUAAAACACCUGCCAGCACGGCGCCCACCAUCAAGAGCAGCACCAGGGCUGCGGGGACCCCGGUGGCUCCAGCACCCAGAGGUGCCACAGGAGGCAGUGAGCCCUGGCCAGACGGCAGCUCUGGCGGCUUGCACUCCGGGCCGGAGCUGAGCAAGCCGGGUGUGCUGGCCUCCCAGCUGGACAGCCAGCCUUUCUCGGGCUGCUCCGCGGAUCUCGCCAUCAGCCCCAGCAACUCGCUGCUCCCCGAGCCCAGCCACGGCCCAGAGGAGAACGAGUACGUGUCGGUGGGCACUUUUGGGCUCCAUGUGGUAGAAUGUCCCAGCGCUGACCUGGAAAGCAGACCUGGGCUGAGCACCACCCAGCAGGCUCCACAGCCCACGGACGAGACUGUGCGAUGGGUCUGGGCAGCGCCCUUGGCUUCGUGGUUUGGGGCAGCCGUGGCCAGCGCACUCGUGGCCACACUGCUGGCUGUGCUGUACCGGCGGCGCCUACUUCAUUGAUGGUCCCAGGACCACCUGCUGCGCACCUGCUCAGCUCUCACCGCUUGCUGCCUGCCCUUCAUCCCUUCCUCAGGGCUGCAGGGCUGGGCCCCAAGGGGAGCUGAGGGGCUGCAGGCCUGGCGGGCAAUGUGGGAACAGCACUUCCGUCCUGGAUCGUGCCUUCUCUGGGUCCCUCUCUAUCCUUGGCUUCUCUGGCUCCUCCUCUGGCCCCCCUGCUCCAGACCCGCUCACCUGCCUCCCGGUUGUCACCCCAUGUGCUGGGGAGGGCGCCUCCUGCCAGGCUCAUUUGCCCAAAUGUGCAGAACAGGAGGUGCAGCUGGACAGCCCCUGGGGUUGGCAGUGCCCCUUGCCCCGUCCUGGCGCCCAGAGGCCUGAGGGCAGGGGUGCUGCGUCGAGGGGCCUCAUAAGACCUCCUGUCCCCAGUGGCCCAGCCCAGAGGCCGCUGUGAGUCUUGCCCCAGCCACUUCACCCCCUCCUGGUCUCCAUUCUCAGCUCCCUCCUCGGGUCGGGUCGGGGCCACCUGGUGAGCAGAGCUCAGCUCAAGGCCUGGGCCUCAGAUGCACCCCUCCCUGGGCUGGGUGGCCUUGGCAGAUGGUCCCACUCUGGUUUCACGUGGACAGCGUGAGAACCUGGCUCAUGCUUUCCUGGGCUUUACUAAGACAAAGCAAGACAGGGGUUGGCCCAGAGCCGGCGACCACUGAGUGCUCCCCCCGCUCUCCUGCUCAGCUUGGUAGAGCUGAGGGCAUGAAAGGCAGAGUGCGACGGGCCAGGGUGCAGCUCUGCAGGGCGGGCAGCCAGGCCUGCAGCUGCCCUGCCUCUCAUGAGCUCUGUGAGCUAUCAGCCUCUCUGUGCCUCCGUUCCCAUCUGUAAAAUGGGGGUUAGCACACACAUGUGUAUUUAUAGACUCCUCGUGUGUGGUGAGGAUGAGAUGAUUAUCUGAGUUGGACACCUGUUAGGACCACUGCUAAGCCUGAGGGACUGCAGCUCCUGGCCGCACCUUUGGGGACAGAGCCAGGUCUCCUGCCUUGGCCUCCUUCCUCCUCCAUUGCCUGUGCACUGGGGGACUGGGGGUGGGUGGGCGGGAGGCGUGUCCACCCGGCCAGCCCUGCAGGAUGGGGGCUGGGGUGUUCUCCCCCAGGAGCCAGGUGGGUACCUGUGGUCCUGUGAAGCCUGCCCACCCACUGGUGGGAAGAUUGGCUAUGUUUAUACUAGAAAUACAUUGGGGUGCAUUGGGGUGCAUGGGUUCUCUGCAGGUGGCCGUCGCUGGACAAGGGGCAGGCACAGGAGCUACCUGUGUUCCUGAGCUCUGCAGGGGACAAGAGCCAGUGUCUGCAGAAAUAUCGGGGUGGGGGUCACUGUCGCCCAUGGCCAGCCUGGCAGCCCGCGGGGUUUGGUGCCCUGUCCAGGCCGCCAGUUUCCCCUGCAGGGUCCUAAGGACUUCCUCUGAGCUGCUGUUCAGCUCAUGCUCCAGGCCCAGCAGCCUGAGCUGUGAAACCAGGAGAGACCCCUUCUCUAGCUGCCUGCGUCCCUGUGUAUCCCCCCCCCCCCCCCGCCCUCACCCAGCCCUCCCUGCUCCCCUGUCGGGUAGGGCAGUGGCAGUUCAUGCAGAUGUCAGUUUUAAUCUGAAAAAGUAGGCGGCUGGAAGGUAUCACUCAGCCCCGAGGACUGUGGCCGGAGGGCAGGGCCGGCAGUGGGAAGUGCCUGGGGCAAGUGCGUAGCCAGCGGAGGCUCUCGCGUUGUGCUUCUGGAAGCCCGGCGUGGCCUGUCUUGAGCCGUGUCCUUGUAUCAGCUAUUGUCAGCCUGAAGUCCACUCCAUGGCCACUUUAAGCAGGAGCAGAAACUGGCCCGUGAGCUGGCACGGUCGGAGCGCAGUAGUCUUGCCUUUGGAUGCAGCUGGAGACAGAGCUGGGUCCCCCUCCCAGCCUGGGUGUCGGAGGAGGCCAGAACCUAAGACAGGAAGGGCGGGCAUCCUUGCGCGGGUGGGCGGGGGCGAGGGGCACCUGGCUGCCACACUUGGGAGAGCACACACCUCACCUUGAGGAGGUGGUGUGCUGGGGCUGGCGGUCCCAGUGCCCCCUAAGCGCCUGGGGACAGACUCUCCUUGUAUACCCUGGUCUCAGCCCCUCGGCACCUUCUUUCUCGGGCUGGGCUGCUUGGCCGGAGCCGUCACUGCUUCUGUCUCCUUAGGAGGCACCCCCGAGGCAGGGCGGUGUCGCUGUUCCUUUGGAGUAUGCUGUUGACUGUGGACUGCUCCCCUACACGUGUGCACAGCACCCCACCCCCCACCCUGUGUGCCCAGCUGGGCUUCAGGGGCGCUCCCUGCCGUCUUGUUCGUCCGUGAGCUGCCCUGUUUUCUCUACAGUUUCUUUAUAGAAGUAAGUUGAGGCCGGCGCCGUGGCUUAACAGGCUAAUCCUCCGCCUUGCGGCGCCGGCACACCGGAUUCUAGUCCCGGUCAGGGCACCGGAUUCUAUCCCGGUUGCCCCUCUUCCAAGCCAGCUCUCUGCUAUGGCCCGGGAAGGCAGUGGAGGAUGGCCCAAGUCCUUGGGCCCUGCACCCGCGUGGGAGACCAGGAGAAGCACCUGGCUCCUGGCUUCGGAUCAGCGAGAUGUGCUGGCCGCAGCGGCCAUUGGAGGGUGAACCAACAGCAAAAAGGAAGACCUUUCUCUCUCUCUCUCUCUCACUAUCCACUCUGCCUGUCCAAAAAAAAAAAAAAAAAAAAAAAAAGUAGUAAGUUGAAGGACAAAGCGUUGAGGAAGCCACAGGGACUGGGAGGAUUUUGUGCCCAGGGCCCUCCGUGUUCUGCACCAGUGCCAGGUGACAAUGAGGCACCCGUCACUUGGUUUCUUGGCCUCUGUGGCUGACAUCCCUCCCCUUGGACUGGCUCCAAGUGCAAGCAGCACUGGACUUGGUCUUAGGGGGAGGGGCCGCAGGAGGCUCCUCCACUGCCCAGCUCCUGGGCGGUGCUCAGCUGUUGCUCCGAUCCCAGAGGGGACGACGUGCCAGCUGUGUCUCCUUGCACCGGAGCCUUCCGAGGCCCUGACAGAGCCCUCACAGCAGGCGGGAAUUCCCGUGCUGGGCAAGAUUCACACCCUGCAGCGUGUUCUGUCUGUGGUCUCUUAGGAAUGGCGGCCUUGAGGCCCCACACUUCAUGCACGUCCUGUCAUGAAUAAACACCGCCCCCCACCCCCCACCCCCCGCCAGGGGUGGGAGGUCCAGGCUCCGUGGGCUGUGCGGGAACUGGUACCUGUCGGUGGGCAGCAGGCGCAUGUUCCCCUGUGCUCCAUUUCUGUCCUUUCCCUCUUGCCCAGGGCCAUGAGGUCCACUCAUUGUGCCGGGCAGGGUCAGGCUGAGCCCUCCUCGUCGUGCCGCUGCUGCUGUCCCUAACAGCAGUAACCAGGAGCGCCACCCCCACCCCGUCUUCUGUGCGCCAGGCACUGUGCUCACCCCUUACGUGUGCUAACUCAUUUAACCCCCAUUUCAUGUCUUCGUGGGCCCAGUUUACAGCUGGUUUGCAAGGCUGGGUGGGGGAAGGGCCGGGGGGUGGUGAUGGUAGGAAGCGAAGGAGAGCCAUGGAGCUGGGUGUUAGUCAUGUGCACAAAUCACAUCUGAUUAGGUACUGGAGCCAGGGACCCCAUUUAAAGUGAGAUUUUCCGCAUCACCACAUCCCUGCCCGGGAUGCCAAGAUCUGCCACCUGCUUUACUAGAAUAAUUGCACUCAACACAUAAUUAGUAGAGUCUCAGGGAUGUCGCAACAAUAUGAUCACAACUGUGGUAUGUGUGCCCAGGCUCAGUGGCCUGAGGCUGGGUGAGGUGGGACAGGGGCACAAGCCCAGAAUGACAGGGAAGCCAGAUUGGUUCAGCAGACAUUGCUGAAGGCGUCCCAUGUGCAGGUCCAAGGCCAAAGAUGAGGAUGACAUGGUGGGGGCCUUCAGGUGGCUGGGGAUAUGGGCAAUGUGUGACGCUGACCACUAGGCUUUCAUGUCAGUUAUUCUGUACACACUGUGUGCAAAGCGUCGGGAUAGGCCUUGGUGACUGAGUAAUAUAAAGGGGGCUUUGAAAGUUCAUGGAAAAUGGAGCUAAAAGGUAUGUUUAUUUUGGUGCAGAAAAAUUUGAAAUCCAUGCAUAUGGAGGAUCUGCUAACAGCUCAUGGAAAAUGCCUGUUAGGGGAAAAAAUUCAUAGGUUCCAAAAUUUUCUGCACCAAGGUAAACUUAUGCUUUUCAAUUCUUUUUUCCUGUGAACUUUCUGAAAUCCCCUAAGUCAAAGUCCCGCUGCCUCUGAUGUAAUUAGAGUGGUCUGGUGAGUGUUCCCGGAGCACGGAGUUGGGGAGGGAGAGCUUGGGAGGGGACAGAUGACGUUUCAAUCAGUUAAGUGCUAUUAAUUGUUACGAUAUUAAUUAUUGUAAUUAAAUCCAGGGGAGAAAUACCACUUAGAACCUGUCCUGGGUAAGUCCGACAAGAUCAAACGUUGACAGAAAUAUACGGCAAAUGAGAUUGGAGGUUUCCGGAGGAGUGUAAGUUGGUGCUGUGGUCUGACAAUGUCCCCUGACAGCAGCCGGCCAAGGUGAUGGCCUUGGAGGCAGGGCUGUGGGGAGGCAGGCAGGCCAUGAGUGAGACCCUCGUGAAGGCGAUUGGUGCCCUGAUGGGAGGCGCCGCAGAGUGCCUGUCCCCUGCCCUUGCACUGUGUGAGGGUGCAGUGGGAAGGGGCGUGUCUGCACAGAGUUAGCCCUCUCUGCACACCAGGUCUGCUGGCACCUUGAUCUUGGAUUUCCCAGCCUCAGAACUGUGAGAAAUAAAUGUCUGCGUGCCUUGCCCAGUCUAGGGUAUUUUGUUCGUGCGGCCCUAGUGAACCAGGACGGUCGGUGUAUCCCCGUUGGGAAACCAGCAGUGCCUCCUGAGCUGAGCCUGGAUAACCUGUCAGCCGGCAGGGUGGGUAUGCACACAACGGAAGCAAGAGCCUGUGUCCAGCAAGACUCCUGCAGGCUUGCUUCUGACCCCCCCUACUGCUUACCAUAGCCGUGGACUGGAAACAACCCAAACUUUUAUCCACAACAGAGCGGGUAUUUGAGGGCUGGGCCAGUCACACGGCACAAUACUAGUAUAUAGCAAUGAGUAUGAGUGGAAAUCUUACACAUGGUGUUGAACAACAUAAAAAAAAUCAAUAUACACAAAAGAUUCUGGGGGCGGGCAUUUGGCCCAGCACUUACCCCUUGGGACUCCUGUGUCCCAUAUGGGAGUGCCUGGUGUGAGUCUUGGCUGCUCUGCUUCCAAUCCAGCUUCCUGCUUAACUGCCCAGGAAGUGAAUAGACGAUGGCCCAAGUACUUGGGUUCCUGCCACCCAUGUGGGAGACCAGGAUGGAGUUCUGGCUCCUGGUUUUGGCCUGGCCCAGCCUUGGCUGUUGUGGCCAUUCAGGGAGUGGACCAGCAGAUGGAGGAUCUCUGUAUCCUUCCUUCUCUCUGUCACUCUACUUUCCAAAUAAAUCUUUAAAAACAAAAUAAAAUAAAAUGGAGAGUCAGCAUUGGGGCAUAGCCAGUAAAGCUGCUGCCUGUGAUGUGGGCAUCCCAUAUGGGCACCAGUUCAUUUCCCAGCUGCUCCACUUCCAAUCCAUCUCCUUGGUGGAUGGCCUGGGAAAGCAGUUGAGGAUGGCCCAGGUCCUUGCACCCUUGCGCCCAUGUGGGACACCUGGAAGAAACUCCUGGCUCCUGGCUUAGACCUGGCCCAGCGCUGGCCAUUGCAACCAUCUGGGGAGUGAAUCAGCAGAUGGAAGAUAUCUCUGUGUUUCUCCCUCUCUCUCUGUAAUUCUGCCUUUCAAAUAAAUACAUAAAUUAAAAAAAAAUAAUAAAGUGACAAAUCUUUAAAAGUGUGAUUCUCUUCA